GUCGCGCGGCGGCGGCGGCAGCAGCAGCCAGUGUCAGGUGUCCGGCAGGUUUCUCAGGAGCUCUGACUGAACGGAAGUUCCCACAGGUUGACAGAGAUGGAGAACGGCUCGUUUAAUCGGCAGUCCUGGGCGACGCAGUCCUUGCGUGUUACCGCCAAGGAGCUGUCCAUCGCAGGACGUGGGAAAAGCACUGCGAUUGCAGAACGAUUCUCCAAGUACCAGAAAGCUGCCGAGGAGUCCAGUGCAGAGAAGAAAAAAGCAACCAUCGAGACCGCUCCAUCCUCUCUGCGCUCCGGCAACCUGAGUGCUCUUAAGAAGCGCUGGGAGCAAACAGGAAGCCAAAACCAGGAUAAGAAAAGCCCGGUUCCACCUCCAAGCGGGUCCAGCAUUCGCCGCAGACAUACAGUCCUGAGCAGGCCGGCGCCCAUCCGUGAAGAGCCCCCGCCUGUGAAGAACCAAGACCCACCUACCGACCAGGGCGGUCAGCGCGCAGCCAGACGAGUCCAGCAGCCGGCCGCAGCCCCGGUGGGUGAAGCGCAGAGAGGGAUGGACAGGGAAGAGCUUCCAGACAGAGGAAAGCCUGACACCAUCGUGGAGGAAGUCCCCACCAGCCCACGCACCGUUCCCGAAAAGCCCCGAGUGCCGCUGACCAACCUGAAGAAUAAGUUUGAGAAGGGAGAAGAUGCCACUGGGAAGGCCGGCAGGUCGACAAUCAAGAGUACUUCAUCUGAGGACUCAGAACUUCCCAUCAGUGCGCCUGGGUUGACCAGAUCUUUGUCUGUGAGGGAGAAGAUGGCCAAGUAUCAGUUUACUGUUGCUAAACAGGACACCAGCCGCACUGCUAAGCCAGUGUCUGCUCCAAAAAGAUCAGUGUCUCUGAGAAUCAAAUCCUCUCCAGCAGCUGAGUGCAAUGGGGAAAACACCGAGCAGCCCAAAGGACUUGCGAGAUUUCGGCUGCCGGUGAAGGAAACAUGCACCGGCUGUCAGAAAACUGUGUACCCACUGGAGAAACUGGUGGUUUGUCAGCACAUUUACCACAAAAAGUGCUUCACCUGUUUUCACUGCAGCACAAAGCUGAGUCUGUCGAACUACGCUUCUCUGCACGGUCAUUUCUACUGCAAGCCGCAUUUCAACCAGCUGUUCAAGGCCAAAGGGAACUACGACGAAGGCUUCGGCCAUCGCCCGCAUAAGGAGCUGUGGGAACCACGAGACGACGGAGACGAAGGCGAGGAGGCGCCGAAGCCAAAAGAGCCACCAGUGGUGGUGGCGAAACCGGCGGCUGAGAGCGCGUCGGAGUCGCAGGCAGAUCCGAGUGGGGACACGUCCCCCCAGGUGAAGGUGGCAGACCUCGCCACCUCGCUGGAGACCCGCACACAGCCGCGGGUCGUCUCUGAAGAGAAGCUCCAGGCUGCAGACCGGCUCGCCGAGAAGCGCAAGCUGAAGGUCGCCUGGCCUCCUCCGGCUGACGGGGGGAACUCUGGAGCGGGACCGCUGAGUCCACCCGCAGAGGGGGCCCCUUCGACCAGACCGUGGAGAGCAAAGUGGCCCCCAGAGGACGAGGUGCCCCCGUCCUUCCAGAGCUCAGAGCGAGCUGAGCUGAAGAGCCUGAGGAGGAGCACCUCUCUGAAGGAACGCUGCCGUCCCUUCACACUCGCUGCCAAACCGACUCCUACAGCCGGCGCGGGCCCCAGGGAGCCCCGUCGUCCACUCAAGGGACUCCUGGAAUGGAGGGCGUCGUUGGAUGAGAAGCAAUCGACGGAAGUAAGGUCCAAAGUAAACAACAAAGACGAGGAAAAGGAAGAGGAGAAGAUGAAGCAAACACCAAACGGAGGUGUGAGCACCUCGAAGGAGGAGGAGAAGAAGGAGAGUCCGACUGAAGAUGAGGAGGACAGGAGGGAGCAAGCGAGGAAGGAGGCUGGAAAAGAGAACUGCUCCUCCCAGGAUGUGGGCUUCUGGGAAGAAAACAAAGAGGGGAGUGAUGAAGAGGAGCUGAGUGCUGAGGAUAUCAUCAAGAGGAACCGCUGCUAUGACGACGACGAUGACGACUCCAUGGUUUAAAAGCACCUUACAAUUUCACUUCCAGAACCCCCCACCCAAAAAAAAAAAACAUCUUUUAGCUCAUAUAUGGAUCAUUUUAUUUAGCUUUUCCAGAUUUUACACCUACAGAUACCAAAACUACACUAGCUGUCUGUGAAUUAAAGAGCAAAUAUUUUAUUGCUUUAUUUUUUAUGUCUGUUAUAUUUGUAAACAUUUGCUCUUUGGAUUAUUUGCUCUGUAAAAUGAAGAAAAGCACUAAAAUCUGUUUUUAUGACUGUAUUUGAUUUAUUUUUAUUUUGUUAGGCUUCCCAAAAAAAACUUGGUACAACUCUCGUCGUCACUCAGGGAUGAAAAAGCCAGUUGUUGCCCAGUUUUGUCCAUGCCUUCAUGUUAGAUCCUCUCGUCUGCAGGAGCAGCAUUAACGCGGCUUAAUUCCAGAUUUCUGCUUUGGACUGCUUUUUUAUUUGAAGUUUCAAUGUUUUAUCUGUCAGGACACCAGCUGCUUUAAAUGUGAUCAUUUUCUUUCUUUUACCGAAGAUCUGGUUGGUAUCCACACAUCGCUUGAAUAAUAAUUACUUCAUUACUGUGUUGCAUGUUAGGAAAAUCUGCAAUUCUCAUGAAUCCAUCUCUUGAAAUGGAAACGGACCAAAAGAGCUGCCAAAGUUUCAGUGUAAAAUGGUUAUUUCUGUCGUCUCUCUAGGGGCCUUUCGAGGUUAAAGGAACAUUUUCAAAAUGUAACCCAUGUUGUAUGUGAAGCAUUUUUGGAUACAUUUUUAAUUUGUGUUUGCACAAGUUUGUCUUCUUGUGAUUGGAAAUCGCACUCUGUCGCUGAAUCAGAAUUAAAAUAAACUACAUGGGGCAUCCAG